AUGGAGAAUCGAAAGGCAUUGUUGUUUUUUACGAACAGCGAAUGGGGUCAGGCAAAUGUCAUACUAGCCACCAUCCAUGAGUUCCUAGUUCGUGACCGGUAUGAGAUUCACUUAGCAUCAUAUUCGCCGUUGAAGAAACGAGUCCAAGAACUUUUCAUCACGCACGCAAACUCUUACCCGCGGCCCUUCACUGUUGCGUUUACUGACGAGGAGCGGACCCUCUCCCUGGAAGACAAGGUCGAAAGGCCGAGUCUUACAUUCCACACCAUCCCAGGACUUUCAGUGGCAGAGACAUGUCACCGCGAUCAUAUCGCGCACACAUUGCCCCAUGCCCCGGGCUUUAAGGGUGCCGUGGCAUCUUACCGCCGCCUGGCAGAGUUUUUCAUACGGUAUACAGUUGACGAAUAUAUGGAAACUGAGAACUACGCCAAACAAACCAUACUUACCGUCAAACCAGCGCUCGUUCUUGCUGAACAAGGCUGCAAUCCAGGUAUUGAUGCCUGUAACGAGCUUGGCAUUCCAUUCAGUAUUCUGUCACCGAAUUCAUUCAAAGACUUCGAGCAAUAUUUGCAACCGCGAUUGGCUAUCCUAUGGAAAUAUCCAGCCCUCUCAUCAGCCUUCCCAUACCCACUACCAUGGUCACUCAUCCCGAUCAAUAUCUAUUUCUGGCUUCGUAUGCUCUUUGUGAUCGUCGGCGCCGCACUUGACAAGAAAUCGCGCCUAGCCACUGUCACCAAGGGCCGACACAAGCAUGGGCUCCGAGGCCCAAUUCCAAUAGUUGAUGCGUACAAGAAGGCUGCGGCCAUCAUUUGCCCUUCCCUUCCCGAGCUUGACUUCUCCAUGGGCGUACGGCCUACGACCACAGGAUGCGGCCCCAUAGUGCUUCCGGUGCACCCAGUGGCCGAGCUCGAUCCAGAGCUGAGCUCAUGGAUUCAAGUCGCUGGAAAGCGCACGAUACUUGUCAACCUUGGCACGCAUUAUAGCAUGGAUCUCGAGCUCGCAAUCGAAGUAGCACGAGCGCUCCUUACUACAUUGAGUUGCUUUUCAGAUAUACAGAUCUUAUGGAAGAUCAUGCUCCGGAGCGACCAGCAGCACGAGGUGGAAGCUGUGUUUGGGGAACAUGUAGCAUCCGGCCGUAUUCGCAUGCAAGCCUGGCUAAAGCCGGACCCGGUGGCAUUGCUUGAGACUGGCCGGAUCGCAGUCCAAGUCCACCACGGCGGCGCCAAUACCUACUUUGAAUGCUGCCGUGCUGGCGUGCCGCAGGUUGUGCUGGCAGCCUGGUGGGACACCUACGAGUAUGCCGCGCGCGUUGAGUAUCUCUCUAUUGGCGUCUUCGCCAAUAAGCAGGCAGCUCCGCGAGCGAAAACUACUGAGUUGGAAAGCGCGCUGAAGCGCGUAGUUGGUGAUGGAGAAAUGCGACUGAGAGCAGAAGAGCUAGCGAGAACAUGCCAGCAGCACGGCGAAGGCCGUGUUGUUGCCCAUGAUCGGAUUGUCCACCUUGCACAGCUAGCUGUCCCAGGAUAUUAUUUUGAAAAGGGGGGUGUUGCCUGUUAG